GGGCACAGGUGGGUGGCACUGGUGGGCACAGGUGGGUGGCACUGGUGGGCACAGGUGGGUGCACUGCUGAGCACAGGUGGGGGCACUGCUGGGCACAGGUGGGUGCACUGCUGGGCACAGGUGGGCGCACUGCUGGGCACAGGUGGGUGCAUUGCUGGGCACAGGUGGGCGGAACUUGUGUGUGGCACUGCUGAGCACCGAUCAUCAGGGCACUGAUGAUCAGUGACCCUGAUGAUCGGUGCCGUUCCCUGCUCUGACAACUGCCGGUUUUCGGCAGUACUUUUCUCACGAUCUGACAGCGCGAGGAAAGUGCAGCCGAGAACCGGCAUUUGCAU